AUGAUAAAUAAAUCGGAUUUGGGUAUACAAUAUCCCGAAAACAAUUUCGGGAUAGGUGAUUACAAAACGGGAAUGUAUAGAACGACGGAAGGAUUUGAAGAAUUGAAGGCGGCUAUAGAGAGUCAAACCGAGAAUUUAUUGAACAGAAGAAUAUUGAGGCUGCAAUCCAGUGGGAGCUUUUUUCCGAAUAGGAAGUAG